AUGGCUCUCGAGGAAGCACAGCCGAAGCAGCACGAAAUUCACGAAGCUAUCAAGGAAGGCAAUUUCAAACUUGCAGAGCAAUUGAUUGAAGAGCAUCCUAAACUUGUCUACUCACAAGAUGAAGAUGAUCGAACACCUUUACACUGGGCUUGCUCAAAGGAUAAUUACAAUCUUGUAAAGUUUAUUCUUGACCAUACACCCAAAGAUACAGAUAUUGAUAAUUAUACUGAUCUUAGUGGUUGGUCGCCGCUUCACAUCAUUGCCUCCUUGGGCAAUGUCGAUAUCCUUAAAUUGUUGAUGUCGCAUGAUCCACAACCAGAUAUAAAUCAACUUACAAACCAAGGAACCACAUUACUUCAUUUGGCAAUUUCGAAGGACCAUUUGCCAUUUGUUGAUGUACUAUUGGACGAGUAUGGAGCCAAUGCUAGAAAAAAGGAUAAAAAUGGAUAUACUCCUUUACAUCGUGCUGCGGCUUUGGGCUCAAUGGGUAUGACUAAAGCUGUUGUGGAGAAGGGCAAGAAUGUCAAUGUGAAUGCAAAAGAUAAUGAUGGGUGGACGGCGUUGCAUCAUGCAUUAGCUGAAGGGAAUGGUGAUGUUGCAGUGUACCUUGUGAGACAAGCGCACGCUGAUCCAGAAGUAGUGAAUGAAGAAGGGUUAAAACCUAUUCAAGUGAGUGUUGAUGAGAAAGUUGCCAGGUAUUUCAAGGAGAAUAUUGAGUAG